UAGGUUUGGUCGGAAAAAUAAAUGGAUAAUAACCUUACUUCUUUGUCGUCUUCUAUGCUCUCUAUUACGCAACAAACUCCAGCCAUAGUGUCCUCAUCUCCGACGGAACUACUCCAGCAAAAACUCCGGUUUAUCGUGGAAACCUCGCCGGAUCAAUGGGCUUACAUCAUUUUUUGGCAAAAGAUGAUUGAUGAUCAAUUAGACCGGUCUUACUUGGUUUGGGUUGACGGCCAUUUCCGUGGAAACAAGAACUACACAUCCCAAGAAAAUCAUACAACUAAGAGCAUCGAGUGUGAGCUGAUGAUGGACGGUGGAGAUCUUGAAAUGUUCUAUGCCACAUCGUUUUACGGUGAAGAUGGGUUGUGGAGAAAGGAAAUUUCCGAUGAAUCUUUAGUUUGGCUAACCGGUCUCGACGAACUCCGGUUUAGUAGCUACGAGAGAGCUAAAGAAGCUAGUUUUCACGGAGUACACACAUUCGUCUCCGCACCCAUACACAAUUGCAUCAUCGAACUUGGUUCGUCUGACUCCAUUAACAAAAACUGGAACUUCAUCAACCGGGUCAAGUCAAUAUUAUUCGGGUCAGGCAAAACCCUAGAACUCACCAACCAAACCGGUUCUUAUUCUAAACCGGUGGAAUCAGAUCACUCGGAAAUUGGAAAUCAGCAAUUCAGAUCGGAAAACAAACGGAUGAAGAAACUCGAGAAGACGGAUGGCGCUACGGCGAAAGAAGUGUCCCACGUGGAGGCGGAGAGGCAGCGAAGAGAGAAGCUAAACCACCGGUUUUACGCUCUACGUGCCAUCGUACCAAACGUAUCAAGAAUGGACAAAGCGUCGCUUUUAGCCGACGCCGUUUCGUACAUCGAAGAUCUUAAAUCCAGAAUCGAUCAUCUCGAAACUGAGAUGAAGAGUUUGAAGACGACGAUGACGGAAACUGAUAAAUUAGACCACAACAGCAGCAACACGUCUCCGUCUUCCGUAGACCAGGUCAACCAAAAACCAUCGGAAGCAAACUUGGAAGUGCAAGCGAAGAUCGUCGGAGACGAAGCCGUGGUUAGGGUUCAGACGGAGAAUGUGAACCAUCCUACGUGUGCAUUGAUGAGUACGUUAAUGGAAAUGGAUUGUCGUGUACAACGCGCGAACGCGUCGCGUUUGGGGCAGAUUAUGGUACAAGACGUUGUUGUUUUGGUUCCAGACGGAUUACGAUCGGAAGAUAUGCUUAGGACCACACUUGUCCGAAACCUAAGCUCACUAUGCUAAGUUUAGUCAUGUAUACGUGAUGAAACUCGUUAAUAAUGCUUUGUUAUCAAUAUAAUUAGUAUUAAAACUUUUAUAUAAAUUUGUGCGAUGAUUAAAAUGUGUGG